CCCGAUAAGAAAUUGAGACAGAAGAUAAAACGAAACUGGCAUCUUGGAAGAUAGAUCGUUAUUGUGUUGGCUUCAUCCUCUCAAGAAACACACUACCGAAAAUGAGGUUGAUUAUCCUUGCUGGGCUCAUCGUUUGCGCCUAUGCCGCUCCGCAGCGGACGGUGUUACCCCGUCUUCCCAUCUCGGUCAUCUUGAAUGGUAAAUACCAGCUGAUCCCGGAGAACAAGAUCGUCGGCGGUACGGAAGUGACUCCCAACUCAUUACCCUUCAUGAUCUCAUUGCAACGCAAAUUUUUGAAUACGUUUACGCACUCGUGCGGUGGCACCAUCCUCAGUGAGUCAACUAUUCUCACCGCUGCCCAUUGCCUUGACGAGGUGGACCCAUCUCUGUUCCGUGUGAUUGCCGGAGCGCACAACUUGUCCGUUGAAAGCGACAUGGAACAAAUCGGCAGACUGGAUAAUUACACUAUGCAUCCCGAUUUCAAUCCAAUAACACUAGAGAAUGACAUCGCCCUCAUCUACUUAACUCCGAGGACGAUUUUGAACAUAAGCGACACUGUUCAGCCUAUUGGUCUGCCACCACCAACUGUAGACCUUGAUCCUCCUGCUGGACUGAUGGUGACCGUUGCUGGAUGGGGAACGACUUCUUCUGGUGGAGACAUUUCCGAUGUGCUGUUGAGCAUUGACAUUCCUAUCGUCUCUGACGAUGAUUGUAAUUCAGCCUAUGCCGGAGAUUACAACACAAAUCCUGUCAAAGAGUCCAUGAUGUGCGCCGGUGGAGCUCCCGGUGGCAUUGAUGCCUGUCAGGGAGAUUCUGGUGGUCCUCUUUUCACCUCCGAUGCCGGAAAUUUCAUUCAACACGGCAUCGUUUCAUGGGGACGUGGCUGUGCUCUUGCCGAUUAUCCAGGUGUCUACACUCAGGUGUCUUACUUCCUUGACUGGAUCAAUACAGAAAUGAUGCCGUAAAUGAGCCCAACAAGACAAUCCAAGUCAAUCGCUAUUGGCAAGACUAAAAAUCUAUAAAGCGCCAUGUGUACUUGCUCGCUUUGUGGAACUCCUAGUUGUAUGCUAUUGCACUGUGCUUUACAUCUAGCGACUGUUCUUUUUUCUAUGCCAAUAUACAGCAUCUAUUAUUGAAA